UGUCAUCAGUUUUAUGCAUCGGACACAGACUUAAUUCAAGUUGUUUAUAUUAGUACGGCCAUUGUUUUCAGUUGAUGACGUCAGUCGUUGACCCUUAACCCUAGAUGACGACCUUACUCGCAAAGAGAGGUCAACACGUUGUUUAGGGGAUUGCUAUUGGAAGGAAAAUCUCAAUAAAGUUGUGACUUCAACUGUCAGAUUUGAACUUGGGGGAAAAUAAUCAAAAUAGACAAAAAACGAUGUAAUCAUAUUUGAGUUAGUGCGUUUUUUAUUUCAGUCAAACAAACUAUUCCCAAAUUUUAGCCCAACCAUCGACCGAGUUUGUUGACUGGAAAUUCUAGUGGUACUUAGGGGUAAUUGUAAAGGGCUUCUGAUAAAAAGACUUGUAUAGUCGGGUAUUAUUAUUAGGAAAGAGCGUAUCCCCUCAAGAUCAAAGCACGCCGUCAAUGGAAUAACAGCAUUGAUUUCAGUACCGUUGUAACUUGACUUUCGUCGAGUAAAUACGUGAUUUUCGUUCUGAGUUUGCAAAACCGAUAAGAUGGCUUCGGCAAGCGGAAAUCUGUGCAGAAGAUGCUUGCUUCAGUGGAAUAAGAAAAUUUUGACACCGUUUACUUUGCAAUCACCACUGAAGGGUGGGGAUUAUUUACCCUACCCCAUCACCUUUGGCCUGACUAGUCCUCUCAAUAACUUUAUAAUAACUCGUCAGAGAUCUAUGUAUAAAAAUAUAUACAGUGCUUUAUAUGACGAAUCUUCGACCAAAGAUUUUAUUUACAGUCUUCAUUCUAGAGAGAGGGAAUUACUUUUUAGAGAAAUGCAGAAGUGUGAAGAAAAAAGAUUAAAAUCAGAAGGACAGGGCCCCGUACAGCCACCAACUUCAGAACAACUUCGAUUUCUCGCCUUCCACAAUGCAUUGCCUUUUUUUGGUUUUGGCUUUCUGGAUAAUUUAAUUAUGAUAGGAUUUGGAGAAUAUAUAGAUUUGACCCUGGGAAUGAGACUAGGUAUUUCAACAAUGGCAGCGGCUGGAUUUGGUAAUUUAAUAUCUGAUGUAGCAGGAAUUGGGUUGGCAUCUUAUGUAGAAAGAUUAUCAGUUAAGUUUGGAGUUCGAACACCUGAAAUGUCACCUGAACAGAUUGAUAUGCCCAAAACAAGAUGGAUCGCAAGUAUAGCAAGGGCAUUUGGUGUAGCAUUUGGUUGUUUUAUUGGAAUGUUUCCACUUCUUUUAUUUAAAGAUGAAGACCAGAAAUGUGAUGACAAAACAUGAUUGACUGAUAUAUUAAAUUAGGUGUGAUACAAAGAAUUAUUAUUUAAAAGAUAGAUUUAGAACUGUUAUUCUUGACCAGUGUUCGAUUGUAACCAGAGAUUAAUGAGUCUAAAGGCUUGUAAUUAGUCUUCUGUAUUAUGGUCAUGGUUUCAGGAAUACAGAUAUUAGAGGAUAGUGUAAUAGAUAUUUUAUAAAAAAAACAUAAAAUAUUGAAAUCAGAAGUUGGGUAUUUUUAUUUAUAUAUUCACACCUAUCAUAAUAAUUUUGUUUAUUUCACAUACAUGUAGAUAUGAAAAGAAAGCCAGAAGUUGGGUAUUUUUAUUUAUAUAUAGUCACACAUAUCAUAAUAGUUUUGUUUAUUUCACAUACAUGUAGAUAUUAUAUACGAUGUAGUUGGAAUGGGAUAUAUCCCUAUAACAUUGUGUGAAGAAAUUUAAGUAUGAAAAAAACAUACAUGGAUCCAUAAUUAAGCUGAUUAUUACAUCAAAUACUGUAUUAAAUUAUAAUAACAUAUACAUUCUUUUCUACGGUACAUAAAUUUUCUUUUAUUAUUCUUCCUAAUAUUUUUAAGUUCUUUUCUAUUUAUGGUAAAUCUAUUUAGACCAAUAACAUUUUUGAAAGGAAUAAGGUGGAAUUUAAAGAUCAUAUUGUAUUGUUAGUAUUUGUUUUCUUUGUAGAUCAGAGUAAUUAAUUUUACACUUGUUUCCCCCCUUUUGUUAUCUUUUGAAUUUGUUAUUAUUAGAUAUAUAUUGUUACAUUAAUGGUUUAGAUACUCUAUUUGUUGAAUACAUGUUUAUUGUUUGUCUUGUCUGGAUAAAUUUUAACAGAUUAUUUUAGUCAUCCUGCGAUCUUCAUUUAUAGACUCAUUUACAGAUUCUUUUUUAUGUCGUAGAUCUUUAAUAGACAAUUUUAAAUCUUAAAACACAUGGGAGUAGGGAGGGUCUAGUGUGAAAGCAUAAGAUUGUCAUUGAGUCAAGUGGCAUACUUUCAAUUUUAUGUGACAAGGAAUGUAGAUAUGCCUGUACAACCUCGUGGGGUUUCUCCUGGUCUUCUGGUUUCCUCCCACUGCUAAAGAUCCAUACACGCUAUCAGAUUAUUCAAAUAAAAUUGAACGAUAUGUUAGUCCUGAGAUGACCUAGUUUGUGUCAUUGGACAUUAAACUCUCUCUCUCUCUCUCUCUCUCUCUCUCUCUCUCAAAACACAUUUUUAACUCUUCAAUGGACACUUACAGUAUUACAAAACUUUUCUAUAAACUGUAACUGAUCUUAACUAAGCAUUUUAUUAGGAUGCUGGACUUUCCUAAAGCUUAUAGUAAUAUUGUUAUGACACUUUACUGGAGAUUUUAUUAUUGAAUAGCACUAUUAUUAUAACUCUUUACUGAAGCCUGCAUUGGGUUGUAACAAUUUACUCAAGCUUUUGUGCUGUACCAUGUUACUUUGUGUAGAAACUUGAAAUUGUUUUAUAGUAUAAUAUUAAAAUUGCUAUAACACUUUAUUGUAACAUGUUACUCAAGCCUUUAUUGUUUUUAGUAUUUUAUUGUAACAACACUUUAUUGGCACACUUUACAAGAACUUUUAUUAUACUCUAGCCUUUAGAAUACUGUAACUUUAUACUUUGUAGAAGCUUUAUGAUAUUGACAUAUUUUAAUGGAGCCUUUAUCAUGUAUUAUCACUUACUGAACCUUUUAUUGUGUUCCAACAAUUUUUAUGAACCUUAUAAUGUUUAACCUUUAAUUGUGCUGAAGCACUUUUGGGAAUUUUUUAUAAACUUUUUAAGGUAUUUAAGCAAUUUACUGAACCUUUCGCAUUGUUGUAACAUUUUACUGUAACCUUUAACAACUUACUCAAUCAUUGACUCUGUUUUAACUCUUCAUUGGAGGCUUAAUUUAUAGUUUUUACAUGAUUGUGUUUUAAUGUGGUCAUAUAUGGCUGUCUCCUUGUCUGUCUUUCGGUGGGGAGGUCUAGUGGUUCAACGCAUGAAAUCACAAAUUCUGUCAUUGAGUCAAGUGGCUUGGUUUUGAUACCCAACUUGAACAUGACAUGGAGUAGGGUCAUCUGUCCAACCUCGUGGGUAUUCUCCUGGUCGUCCAGUUUCCUUUCUCUGCUAAAGACCCCUGUGCUCAAGUGAAUUAUUGAAAUAAAAUUGAAACGUAUUUUAGUCCCGAAAUUACCUAUCAUUAUUUAUAAAGGACCAUUGACUUUGCAAGAUGAUACAUGUUAUAGUAUACUCUAUGUUUUAUGUGUAAAGAACAACUCAGGAUAAAACUGUUAUUAGUGAAUACAGUUUAUACAUUCAUAAUACUAUUUACUCAAACAAAAUUAGGAUUCUAAAUUAGAAACCAUAGUGAAAUAAAAGUAAAAGGGUAAUUAAAAUAUUAUUACAUUAAGAGUUGAAAUAUCCCCCAUUUAUUUCACUAAUUUUUAAAAAAAAUUUCACUAGGGUUUGAAAUAUUAGUUAUUAUUAUAUUAGUAGCUGUUUUCCAUAAGUACUGGUAUGUGUUAUAGUUAAUUAAUAUUUUAAAUAGUUCGCCUACUGGAAAAGAUGAAUCUUUAAAUUAGGAUAACAGACUCUUCUUGUUAGUCAGGUCGUUGAAAUGGAAAGCUUUUUAAUUUUUGAUGUGUUUUGUUGUUGAAUUUAGUUGUGCCAUUAUUAUUACUGCCAGCUUAUUGAAAGAAAUCCAUCAUUUUUAUGACUUCACAUCACUUUAUCCAACUUUAUCGCACAAAAAACAUAAAAAUAUAGUGUAACGGUGACACGAAAUACAACUUUUCUGACCAUAGCAAAGUAAUUUUUCAAGUCAAAACAACAAAGGGUGUCCUUUUUGAACAGGGGGGUUGGAUGGCUGAAUGGUUAGCGUGCGCGCACUGUAUCAUAAAGUCUGUCAUGGAGUCGACUGGCGUGGUUUCGAAUCCCCGGUUGUACGUGGCAAGGAGUAGGGUCGCCUGUCCAACUUGUGGGUUUUCUCCGGGGCCUCCGGUUUCCUCCCACUGCUAAAGACCCCUAGGCGCAAGCGAAUUAUGUAAAUAAAAUUAAACCAUAUGUUAGUCCCGAAAUGACCUAGUUUGUGUCGAGUGGCUCUCUCUCCCCUUUUUGAACAGUCAUAAAUGUACAGUAUAUAAACUAGAGAGUUGAGUUUUUCAGAAAUGGACUUGUUGGAAAGUAGGCCUACCAAUCAGUCAAAUAGAUAUAUUUUCCCUAUUGGCUGAAGAGGAUAGGUAUUUCGUGUAACUUUAUACUUCAAUAGGUAAACUAUAAGUAUACAUUUAUAGCAUGUUGUUUAAAUGCAAUAUUAUACACUACAGUUAUAUUUUUUCUUCCAAAGAUUAUUUUAUUUAUGUAGAACUGUCAUCAUUUUAAUUAUUAUAUUUAAACUGUACAAAACCAAUGAAGGAAUACCAAUUAAAUAAAACAAACUAUACUUA